AUGGCAGCUGAAGGUGAGACGAGCUCAUCCACACUGCGCGAUAGAGAGUUUCUCCUGGAAAUUGAGGCUAAAGUUCGAGAAUGGUGGGAAAACAAGAAAGUUUUCAGUGCUGAAUGUGAAAAGCCUGGUUACAAAUUCUUUGGAAAAUUCCCCUUUGAUAGCUUUAUGGGAAAUCCAUUCUCACUCUCCAAGCUAGACCAGUCUGCAUAUCUACCAGCUUUUCCUGUUGAUGUCAUGCGAUUUGCUUUGGCGUAUGUUUGUGAUGGUACUGUUGAUGAGGCGAAAAUCAACUUUCUACAUAGCAUUGCAGAUUCUGUAUUUGAUACUGCAACUACUGCCAUCCUAAAAUUCACUGAAGAGAUAUCAUGGCAUGAAGAAUUUUUGGCUGCAGAUUUUGAUUCUUGUUUGAGAUGUGGUCCCCCUUCUACUUUCGCAGACAAGGUGUUUGCCAAUGAGAUAAACAUUGCUCUGAACAGGACCAAGCAGCAAUACGAGGCUGACCAGUUUCGAGAAUCCCUGGAUUCUAUUUUUGAGCUUCAAUAUGCCAGAAAUUGGUACAAGAGUUCAUGUGGUGGUACAAAUGCAAUGAACCGUGACUUAGUGUGGCGUUUUAUGGAUGUGCAGACAUGUCUUAUAACUCCAAUCUGUCCACACUAUGCGGAAUAUGUCUGGAGGGAUCUUUUGUACAAGAUAGACUUUGUGGUGAAUGCAGACUGGCCUGUGGCUGAUGCUCCAGAUGAUUCAACCCUCCAGAGUGCCAAUAAGUAUUUGAAAGACUUAAUUGAUUCAAUGAAGAAGCAGACUGAAAUGGAGAGAAAUAAGAAGGGUACUGCUCCAGCUACAUCUAGUUUGAUAGAAGAAAGCCAAAACUUAGAAGCUCUUAUAUACGUUAAUGAGGCAUGUGAUACUCUUACUUUUGCUACAGAGGGAUUGCAUACAGAUUAUGGACAAAACGAAGAUGAGUUGAAGCAGAAUGAGGGGGUUAAAUUUGGGGCUCAAGCCUUAGACUUGAAGCUGCCAUUUAGAGAGAUUAGAGUACUUCUACAGAAUUUGGACUUUAUUAAGAGGGAAGUCGGUCUUGACAAGGUGCAAGUUUUAUCAGCUACCAACCCUGAAGAUCUUGCUAAAGCUGGUUCUCCGGUUAAAAUAAUAGAAGCUGAAUCUUCCUCACCUGGAAAUCCAGCUAUUCUCUUCUUGACAUGUCCAAAAAGUGAUUGUGGAUCUUUUGGUACUUCUAAGACUACACCAAUAAUGGCCGCUCUAUCCUCAUCUGGUUGUGCGCGAACGCACAUCAACCCUUUAACCAAGUUCAUGUCGAAGCCAAAGUGUAAUGAUGAGAAGAGUCGGGGUCCAGAAUGGACUGAUGAGCAAAGGGAAGAAAAACAUCUUGCAUGGGAAACAUCUGACCACCAUGAUACAUCCACUAUAGAUGAGAAGUCUCGAGAUAAUCCUGCUUCCUUGUAUCUCCCUCCCUCUAAGCUACUCUUCCAGAGUACCUUUGAUGAGGCAUUGGAUACUGCUUGUAAUCAAGACAAAUGGCUCCUGGUGAACAUGCAAUGUGUGGAUAACUUCAGCUCACAUAUGCUUAAUCAACACAUCUGGGCUGAAGAAGCUGUCUCUGAGAUCAUUAGUACCAAUUUUAUCUUUUGGCAUGAGUAUUUUGAUACACCUGAAGGUAAGAUGGUUGCCAGAAAGUACUGGUUGGACUCAAGAACCAUAGUACUCCUCAUUGACCCCAUGACUGGUGAAGCAAUGUGUUCAUGGAAUGGAAUGGUUCAUCGGAAUGAUUUUGUGGAGGAUCUAGUACCAUACCUGGAGAGAAGCCCCAAGAAUAAUUUCGUAACUAAAGAAGAAGAGAAGGAACUACUCGCAUUGGCAGCUUCCAUGGAAAGCAUGGAGUCGGAGACAGGUAGCGGAAGUACGUCCAAAGAGGAUCUAGUACCAUUCUGGAAUAGUAGCCCGUGGAGUACUUCUCCAACUCAAGAAGACGAGGAAUUGGCAGUUUUCACGGAAAGCAUGAAGUGGGAAACAAGUAGUCCAACUAGUUCCAAAGCAAAAGUCGACUAGAAAGAAAAACCAUUUAAUGGAGGGUGUUCGCAACCUUCCCAAUCAAAAUAGGAAAAUCUGACCCAAAAGCUCAUUGGAAACUAGGCUAGCUCUUGAACAUGAUCAAAGAACAGUUACUUGACUUGGAAGAUGAUCUUUUUGUACUUAAGCUCAGCUUUAGAAGGAAUUAUAGUGAUUGCAGGAGCAGAAAGAUCCACUGGAUGAAAUCAAUAUCUUUAAUUUGUAGUUGGAAUUGUACUUCAUUAUCUGGGAUUUUCUCUAUUCCAUAAGUAGCAGGAUACUUGAUGUGCUUUGUUUAUACUAUGAAUAUAAUGAUACAUAU